GAACUCAAUACUAUUAGUACUUUUAAUAUCUCGUCCUGCUUCCUAUGAAAUCACCAGUGAUAUAGUUUCCGAGGAAUACGACACAACCACCCAGCGGUAUCAAUAAUUCAAUAUGAAUCACAUCAUCAGCGCUACCGUACAGUCCGCAAUCCUCAGCGCCACAUCCAAUAUCCUGGCGCAGGUGAUUUCUGCCUACAACGACGAUCGACCUUUCACCAUCUCCCUCGUUCCUCUGCUCCAAUUCGUCCUCUUCACCAUCCUCGCCACGCCACCGAACUGCUUGUGGCAAGAAUGGCUGGAGGAUGUAUUCCCGGGUCAGACAAGCGAACCUGUCUAUGCGCUGAAGAGCGCUACAGAUGAGCAGAAGAAGAGCGGGAAGGGCAAAUCGAAAGUAGUCUCUCAGACCACUAAAAGAUUAAAUGUGAAAAACACAAUAAUCAAGUUCGUACUGGACCAGACAGUCGGCGCGGCGGUCAACAUUGCGAUGUUCAUUGGAGGGAUCGGGACGAUCAAAGGUCGUAGUUCGGAAGAAAUUAUGAGCUCGUUGAAGAAUGACUCUUUUCCCUUUUACAUGGCUGGGGUAAAACUUUGGCCCAUUGUAUCCGUUCUCUGCUUCACUCUGGUGCCUGUGAAUAGACGUGUUGUGGUUGGAAGCAUCGCAGGCGUGCUCUGGAAUAUUUUCCUCAGUCUACAAGCAUCGAAAUAGGGACUAUAAAUACGGUUUGUGACUGGUAUAGGUAGUCUUGACUAAUUUCGUUUUAAAAUAUCACAUUUCUCCC